AAAUUCUUAGACAUGGUUCAUUCCGUUUGGGAGACUAUUACAUGGCAUAUUCUUUCUGCUUUUCACCGAAGACCCAAGACCCUAUUUCUUGACUUCAUUUCUGCUUCUCAAGUUGUGAUUAAUAUCAAUUCCAACCAGAGAAAUAAGUAUUGCCAGUCUCAAACAGCUCUGAGCGACUCAGGGUGGGAGAAGAAGACAGACUGCGACUACCAGAUUGAGGUGGAGCAAGUUGCUCACUAUCUGAUAUUUCAGUGUCAAGUAAAGUAAGCAUGUCUAAAAUUUCACAGGAUACCAUCAGAGACAUACUCACUCGACUACCUGCCAAGUCUGUCUGUCGAUUUAGGUGUGUGUCAAAGACAUGGCUCCAUCUUACCCAUGAACCCCACUUUGUUGCAACCCACCUCAGCCGACACCAGAAGCAGAAACUUAUUCUCAGUUCCAAUAAGUCUCUCUUCUCCUUGGAUCAAGAAGCACCUAUAGAUGACGAUAUGUUACCCUCAGAGCUUGAUUUUCCUCUCAAAGGCGAUGUCAACAACCAGUGGAUUCAAAUGCUUGGUUCCUGUAAUGGUUUAGUCUGCAUCAUGCCUCAACCAGAAACAUUCUUUGUAUUUAAUCCUUCGACUCGGGAGUCCAUGAGAGUACCAGAUUGCCCCAUGUCAAGCCAUGCUGAUCCUCCAGAGGAAGUGGGUUAUGAUGUACAUGGUUUUGGUUAUGCUUCUUCUGUCAAGGAUUACAUGUUUGUUAAGAUUUAUAAGGGCCGCAAUGUGCUCAUCUUUUCACUGAAAAACAAGUCAUGGAAAAGUGUUCAGGACUUUCCUUACAAACAUCUUUUGAAUGAUCCAGGGACGCCUCUCAACGGAGCUGUCCACUGGUUGUGCAUGGGCCUUGAUCAUCUUCCUGUAAUUGCUGCUUUAGAUUUAGCAGAAGAGAAGUUCUCAGGCUUAUCCCCACCUGAAUCUAUUGUAGAUUCUAAUAGGUAUACACCUGGCGUCUUAAGGGACUGUCUUUGUUUGCUACACCACAAUGAUCAUAACAGGCAGCGUAUAUUCUGGAUUAUGAAAGAGUAUGGUGUGAAGGAGUCAUGGACCAAGAUUUUGAUUGCGGAACCCUUUUUCUCUUUGCAGCCAUUAUGUUACUGGAAGAAUACCAAGAUAGUAGUGGCAAGAAACCGUAGGGAAAUACUUCUGUUCAGUACGAGGGAUGGAACUUGUAAAAAUUUAUUGGCAAAUGGCCUCCAGGUUCCGUUCUAUGUGGAUGUGUAUGUGGAGAGUCUUGUUUCUCCAAACUUUCGGCUGAACUAAAUUAUCAUGUGUGGUCUUUCUUAGGUCCUUUUGGGCCUCCUUGUUACCAAAAAAGAAGAAGAAAUUAUUGUGUGUGCUUGCCAGCUUCUAUGUA